GAUGGUGAUGCAGUUUCAGGGCUUAGAAAAUCCAAUCCAGAUUAGCCUUCACCACAGCCACAGGCUGUCAGGAUUUGUCCCCGACGUGAUGAACAUGAAGCCCUCUAAAGGUGUGCUAGCAGAACAAGAGGCGGGUCCUCUGGGGCAGAGUCUGGACUUGGAGUCGUAUUCACCGUACAGCAAUGUGCAGUUCCCACAAGUUCAACCACAGAUCUCCUCAUCGUCCUACUAUUCCAACCUGGGUUUCUACCCCCAGCAACCAGAAGAGUGGUACUCUCCUGGCAUCUAUGAACUCAGGCGAAUGCCAGGCGAAACCGUGUACCAGGGAGAGACUGAGGUAUCAGAGAUGCCUGUGACGAAGAAGCCCCGGCUGGCCGUGUCAUCGGCAGGAAAGAUAAAAGGAGAUGAGCUGUGUGUUGUCUGUGGAGACAGGGCCUCCGGGUACCACUACAACGCGCUCACUUGCGAGGGCUGCAAAGGUUUCUUCAGGAGAAGCAUCACCAAAAACGCUGUGUACAAGUGUAAAAACGGGGGCAACUGUGUGAUGGACAUGUACAUGAGGCGGAAGUGCCAGGAGUGCCGACUGAGGAAGUGCAGGGAGAUGGGGAUGUUGGCUGAAUGUUUGUUAACUGAAAUUCAGUGUAAGUCUAAACGACUAAGGAAGAACGUGAAGCAGCACGCAGAGAAGACCGUGAGCGAGGACGGCGAAGGGCACGACUCGCGACAAGUGACCUCCACCACCAAGUCAUGCAGGGAGAAAACUGAACUCACCCCAGAUCAGCAAAACCUUCUGCAUUAUAUUAUGGAUUCAUAUAGCAAACAGAGGAUGCCGCAGGAAAUAACAAAUAAAAUCUUAAAAGAAGAAUUUAGUGCAGAAGAAAAUUUUCUCAUAUUAACAGAAAUGGCUACCAGUCAUGUACAGGUUCUUGUAGAAUUCACAAAAAAGCUUCCAGGGUUUCAGACAUUGGACCAUGAGGAUCAGAUUGCGUUGCUGAAAGGGUCUGCAGUUGAAGCCAUGUUCCUCCGCUCAGCAGAGAUUUUCAACAAAAAACUUCCCGUUGGGCACGCAGACCUGUUGGAAGAAAGAAUUCGAAACAGUGGCAUCUCUGAUGAAUAUAUAACGCCCAUGUUUAGUUUUUAUAAAAGUGUCGGGGAACUGAAAAUGACCCAGGAAGAGUACGCGCUGCUGACGGCGAUCGUCAUCCUCUCUCCAGACAGACAGUACAUAAAGGAUAGAGAGGCAGUGGAGAAGCUUCAGGAACCUCUGCUUGAUGUUCUACAAAAACUGUGCAAGAUUCACCAGCCCGAGAACCCUCAGCAUUUUGCCUGUCUCCUGGGCCGCUUGACGGAGCUUCGCACAUUCAACCAUCACCACGCAGAGAUGCUGAUGUCCUGGAGGGUGAAUGACCACAAGUUCACCCCACUCCUCUGUGAGAUCUGGGAUGUGCAGUGAUGUGCAGGAUGAAGGACUAGCUCCCGGUCCUCCUUGGGACACAAAUCUGAGGCCUGACUUCCCUUAUUUCAUUUGUACCUGGUUUCACUCAAGAAUCUCAGUGAAUAUUUAUGCAGCAAUUGUGUAACUCCCACAGUUGUAAAUACAGGCUAGAUAGAAUUGCUUUCUCUACACCACAUUUUACAAGGCUUCAGGAAACCCCGUUGACAUGCCCUGUUUGCCUAAUUCAAUCAAUUGUUACUUCAGUUCUGUCCGCUGAACUA